CCUCGUGCACUCAACACUCCACACCCUCACCACGCCCGAUACCAGCCUCGUGCACUCAACACUCCACACCCUCACCACGCCCGAUACCAGCCUCGUGCACUCAACACUCCACACCCUCACCACGCCCGAUACCAGCCUCGUGCACUCAACACUCCACACCCUCACCACGCCCGAUACCAGCCUCGUGCACUCAACACUCCACACCCUCACCACGCCCGAUACCAGCCUCGUGCACUCAACACUCCACACCCUCACCACGCCCGAUACCAGCCUCGUGCACUCAACACUCCACACCCUCACCACGCCCGAUACCAGCCUCGUGCACUCAACACUCCACACCCUCACCACGCCCGAUACCAGCCUCGUGCACUCAACACUCCACACCCUCACCACGCCCGAUACCAGCCUCGUGCACUCAACACUCCACACCCUCACCACGCCCGAUACCAGCCUCGUGCACUCAACACUCCACACCCUCACCACGCCCGAUACCAGCCUCGUGCACUCAACACUCCACACCCUCACCACGCCCGAUACCAGCCUCGUGCACUCAACACUCCACACCCUCACCACGCCCAACACCAGCCUCGUGCACUCAACACUCCACACCCUCACCACGCCCGACACCUCCCUCGUGCACUCAACACUCCACACCCUCACCACGCCCAACACCAGCCUCGUGCACUCAACACUCCACACCCUCACCACGCCCAACACCACCCUCUCGUCAGGUGUGUUGGCUCCAGGUGUGGAGGCUCCAGAAGGUGUGGAGGCUCCAGGUGUGGAGGCUCCAGGUGUGGAGGGUCCAGAAGGUGUGGAGGGUCCAAAAGGUGUUGAGGCUCCAGAAGGUGUGGAGGGUCCAGAAGGUGUGGAAGG